AAAAUAAAAAUUUUCAGCGACGGAUUUGUUAUUGUGCGGAAUUUAGUGUAAUUAAGAAAAAAAAGUGAUUAAAGCACACACGAUAAGCGUAGUUGCUAUAUUUAAAUGUAGUCUGUGCAAAAAGCAGUCAUUGUUGUGCGUUUAAAGAGGACGCAACAAGGAUAAACAGCAGCUGAAGAUAAAAAGCAAAUAGACUUCAGGGCAUAACUAUGUCAUUUGUGGGCGGUGGGAUGGUGGGUGGCGUCGGGGUUGGCAGCGGCAACGAUGUGCAUAAGUUUGUAGAGGCGCUGCAGGCAGACUUCAAGACGCUGUCACUAGAAACCAAGAAAAAGUAUCCGCAAAUUAAAGAGGCAUGCGAGGAGGCUAUUUCCAAGCUCUGCACCGCCGGCAGCAGCCAACAAAAUUCGGUAUACUAUACGGUCAAUCAGAUACUCUAUCCGCUGGUGCAGGGCUGCGAAACGAAAGACUUGAAAAUAAUCAAGUUUUGCUUGGGCAUGAUGCAGCGCCUGAUAACACAGCAGGUGGUGGAUCAAAAGGGCGCGCUAUAUAUAACCAAUGCCUUAUGGACAUUAAUGGAGCACAACAUAGAGGAGGUCAAGGUGCUGCAGACGGUUACGCUACUGUUAACUACCAAUCUGGUGGUGCAUGGGGAUACCUUAGCUAAAGCUUUAGUACUUUGCUUCCGUCUGCAUUAUACAAAGAAUCCAACAAUUGUAAAUACAGCGGGUGCUACUAUACGCCAGCUGGUGUCCUUGGUAUUUGAGCGUGUGUAUUUGGAAAAGGAUUCCAUGGGCAUGCUGCAGGCAACACAGCAACCGCAGCAGCAACAGCAAUCCGUCACAAACGCUGUGGAGGAGGUGCAAGAGUCGCAAACCUUUGCCAUGGAUGCAUUUCAUUUGUUCCAAGAUCUGGUGCAGCUGGUAAACGCAGAGCAGCCCUUUUGGCUAGUGGGAAUGACCGAGAUGACGCGCACUUUUGGCUUGGAGCUGCUCGAGGCAGUCUUGAGCAACUUUAGCGCAGUUUUCCAUGAGAACCAAGAGUUUCGUCUGCUGCUGAAGGAACGCGUCUGUGCGCUGGUAAUCAAGCUCUUCUCGCCAAAUGUUAAGCAUCGCCAGCUGCCUGCGCCAAGCAAUGGCACUGCCGCUGCGCCCGCCGACAAGCCACAUUUUCCCAUCAGCAUGCGUCUGCUGCGCUUGGUGGCUAUAUUAAUACAAAAGUAUCACACUAUACUGGUGACGGAAUGCGAAAUCUUUCUAUCGCUUAUAAUCAAAUUCUUGGAUCCCGAUAAGCCACACUGGCAACGCGCUUUAGCCCUGGAGGUUAUACAUAAGCUUGUCACACGCUCCUCAUUGAUUGCAUUCUUUUGCAAAUCCUAUGAUCUGAAGCAUCAUGCUACGCAUAUAGUGCAUGAUAUGAUUGCUGCUAUGGGCAGUUAUGUGCGUUAUGCUUUGAUCAAUGCAUCUGCUAUGCUGAGCAAUGGUGGACAGCAGCUGGUGGGCGCGCCCACGCAGCAGCCGAGCUCAUUGAAUGCUCUGGGCAAUAAUCAAUGUGGUUUUAUGUUCCGUGGCGCCUACUUGCCGCUGGUGGCCAGUUUUGCUCCAGGCGUCUCCAAGGCGGUUUACCUGGAAAUGUUAGAUAAGCUGGAUGCACCUAUGAUACCUGAUAGCUAUGGCAUCUCGCUGGCCUACGCCAUACUGCUGGACAUGACGCGCUCCAUUGGCGGCGUUAUACAACGCACACCCGAACUGCAUCCCAUGCCCAAUACGGCGUACAUAAGCGAGGAGGAGCACAAGCCUUUGUGCUUGCAGCUAAUCAACUCCAGCUGGUCGGGUUUGCUCAGCGCUUUCAUACCACUGGUCGAGACUUCCAUAGACGAGGGCACCACGGAGCAUAUACUGAAGGCUAUGCAAAACUAUGCUGCGCUUUGUGGCAUGCUGGAGCAACUGCAGCCCAGAGACGCCUUCAUUAUGGCCUUGUGUCGCGCCAGCUUUCCGCCACACUAUGCCAUGUCCAUAUUUACGAAUAACCAACAAGAGGGUGAGCCUAGAUCUCAUCAGCGCAGCAGCAGUCAGGAUCUAAGCAAUCAGUUCAUCAACAGCUGCAAUGCCGAUGGCGGCGACUUUCGUCCACAGAUUGUAGCCGUGGGCACGCCGCUGCCCAGCGCCUCGUUGCCUCAUAGUGUGAUGCAGGCGCCCGUUAUGCUCACCAACAAGAACUUGCAAUGCAUGCGCGCUAUUUUGCUCUUGGCUCAUCACAAUGGCAGCAUUCUGGGCACUGCCUGGCAUAUGGUGCUGCAGACUUUGCAGCAUCUCGUAUGGAUUCUGGGCUUGAAGCCGGCAACUGGUGGCAGCUUGCAGGCGGCGCCUAAGCCUGCGGUGGAAGCUAAUGUGGGCAUACAGACAGCGGUGAUGGCGGAUCUGCCUGUGCUGUCUCAAAUGAUUGGACAGCUGUUUGAGUCCAGUCAGUAUCUUGAUGAUGUGGCCCUGCAUCAUUUGAUUGAUGCGCUGUGCAAAUUGUCGCAUGAGGCCAUGGAGCUGGCGUAUGCCAAUCGCGAGCCCUCGCUGUUUGCUGUAGCCAAGUUAAUGGAAACGGGUCUGGUGAACAUGCCGCGCAUUGAGGUGCUCUGGCGUCCGUUGACCAAUCAUCUGCUGGAGGUUUGCCAGCAUCGACAUAUACGCAUGCGUGAAUGGGGCGUCGAGGCUAUAACUUACUUGGUCAAGUCUGCGUUGCAGUUCAAGCACAAGCAGCCGCUUAAGGAGAAUCUAGAGUUGCAGACAAUGUUGCUAACGCCGCUCUCUGAGCUUUCGACGGUUAUGCAUGCGGAUGUGCGUCAACGUCAGCUGGACUGUGUACUGCAAAUCUUAAAUACAGCUGGCGAGAUAUUAUCCUUUGGCUGGCCGGCAAUUAUUGAAAUCAUUGGCGCUGUUAAUGAGCAUCAUGGCGAGCCGCUUAUACGCACCGCCUUCCAAUGUCUGCAGCUGGUCAUCACCGAUUUUCUCACCGUCAUGCCCUGGCGUUGUCUGCCGCUCUGCAUUAGCACUGCUGCCAAGUUUGGCUCGCAGACGCAGGAGCUGAAUAUAUCGCUCACAGCCAUUGGACUUAUGUGGAACAUCUCGGACUUCUUCAAUCAAAAUCAAGACAAGCUGAUGACCACACAGCUGGAGGAUAUUGCCAUCUUGCCGGACUUUCCAGGCACAGUUAAGCUGCCACAGUUUGACAAGCUCUGGAUGUGUUUGUAUGCUAAGCUCGGUGAACUUUGUGUAGAUCUGCGUCCGGCUGUGCGCAAGUCCGCCGGCCAGACGCUCUUCUCCACAAUUGCUGCACAUGGCAGUCUGCUGAAUCCGCCCACCUGGCAGGCCCUUGUGUGGCAAGUGCUCUUCCCGCUGCUGGACAAUGUGCGUGCGCUCAGUAGCUCCGCCAGCAAUGAGAAAGUCGAUGCCAGUGGCAACAUACUUAUACAUCAUUCGCGUAAUACAGCUCAAAAGCAAUGGGCAGAGACGCAGGUGUUGACGCUCUCCGGCGUCUGUCGUGUGUUCAACACCAAGCGUGAGCUGCUGCAGCUAUUGGGCGACUUUGAGCGUGCCUGGUCUUUGAUAUUGGAGUUUAUACAGAAUGCAGCGCUGAGCAAGAAUGGCGAAGUAUCGCUGGCGGCGCUCAAGUCGCUGCAGGAGAUCAUGUAUCACAAUAGCACAGAGCGCAAGGAUGCGCAGCAGCAGGAUGAUGAGAUAUGGAAUAUUGCCUGGAACAUUUGGCUGAGCAUUGGCAUGGAGAGCACAAGGAUGUCAAUGAGCACGCGACAGUUGCCAGGCGGCCAGGCAAAUGCAAAUGACAACCAGGAGGACUUUUACAUUCCAAGUCAAGCUUUUCUCACAGCGCUCAUACAAAUCUUUCCUGCAAUUUUCCAGCACAUUCAAGUCAGAUUCAGCUCCGCGGACUUUGACAAAUUCUGCACCGUGUUGACCAAUGCCGUCUGCAUACCGGUGCAAACUGAUGCCAUGCCCUAUAUAAUGUCCACAGUGUCGGAGACGCAGCUUACGCCGCUGCACGAUGGCAUCUUGGAGUGCAUGGAGCUGAUACAAAAGGAAGCUAUUAAGCCAGAAGCAGAUGCAAGCAUACGGCAGCUAAUACCCGCAAUCUUUCGUCAGCUGUUGAUCUUCAGCAAGUUUGCCUGUGCUCCGCCCACAUUCCAGCAGAGCGUGGAGCAUCAUAAGUAUGGCAAGGCUAGCGGUCACUAUGCCAACAACGCUUCCGUUGAGGUCGUCAGCAUGAACUAUAUACCCUUUGGCGAGAAGUCCAUCAGCAUUUGUGUGAAGCUUUACCAAAGCACAGCCACCGAGGAGGCUGUGGUGCAGGAGCAGAUCCUGCAUGAUAUUGUCAAGGCGCUGCGCACGCCUCUGGCCAUGAAAUACAAGUGUCUCUCCUCCAGCACCUGGAAGCUGGCCAUUUCCAGUCUGAUCAGUGUGCUGCACACAGGCUUGAAGGUGGCGCGUGCCAAGCCGCAACAUUUUGCAAGCCUUUGGGAUGAUCUGGCCGAUACACUCGAUAAGUUUUUGUUUCCGCUCAGCGUGUGCACUAUUGAGGAUCGUGGCUUGGAGGAAAUUGUGCUGGAUGAAACGAUUGAUUGCCAGGUGAUUGAGCUGCUGCGGGAUGAGGUGCUGCCGCAUGCUCACGAGCUGCCGCAUCAGUUCAUCAUGCAGAUUGUGGUGCUGCUGAACAAGGGCUCCAUACACUCGGCGUCGGAUAGCAACAUUUGCUACGAGUCUGACUGGAAGCUGCGCGAAAUCUUUGCCAAAACCUGCUUUGAGACACUGCUGCAGUUCUCGCUGCUGGAGGAUCAAGCGGUCUGCAAUAACAAUCGCUUGAAUGCUAAUGUUAUGCCAGCCGGUGCUGCCGGCGCUGUGGGCAAAGACUUUGCCGGACGACUGGCGGUCACAGCGCUGCUGCAUCGCUUCCAGGAGGUGCUGAAGCGCUUCAAUGAUGAUGAGCGUCAGAGCGGCAAGUGUCCGCUGCCUAGAUUCAGGUUAUCUGAAAUAUCGUUCGUGCUUAAGGCCAUUGCCACACUGGUGGUGUCCAUGAAGAAAGCGCCAGCAGCCAAAGUCAACAAGCCCGCCUGGGAUCUGCUAAUUGGUCUCUAUCCGUAUUUGGUCGAUUGCACCACGACAACUUCACCUGAGGUCUCACGUUCGUUGCGCGAGGCAUUGCUGCAGUAUACAGAUCUGUUGCAAGCACCGCGUCUUGCCACAGAUAAUGCAAUUCAGUCGAAUGGCCAACAGCAGCAGUGAGAAGCGUAAAUUUCGAAUUGUGUGUGUUUGUAUUUUUAGUCGUUUAAGCAAAUUGCUCUAAUUAAUUUAUUUUUAUUGUACAAUGUUAAAUAUUGCCCCCAAAGAGUUUAUUAUACCAAGCUCCUUAUACAAUUCUAUAUAUAUACUAUAUUGAUAUAUUUGUAAAAGUAUUGUAGUAUCUUUAUAAUGAUAACACUUGAUUGGUGAAUUAUAAAAUAUGUCAAGCUUGAUAAGCAAGCAAGUCAAGAGCUGUUAAACGAACUACUAUGCAGUAGUAGCUUUAUCUCUAUACAACAAGACAACAAAUAUUUCCUUAGUACCUUUAAUGAGCAAGUUGAUAAACUAAUGAUAUGAUAUGAUAACCUGAGCGCAUUUUUAAAAAACGAACAGAAGGCAACUAGUAAUAAAUAGACUUGUGUGUUAUCUGAAACAAAUAUUAAACCACUUAACCCAUGAUGCAACAACUUUGUAGUGACGUUUUUAAAUAAAGCAAAAAUUAUUAUUAUUACGUAAAUCUGUGUUUUUUACUUUCACUUAUCGCAAAAGGUGUUGACAAUGACGUCAACAGGGGCUUCAUAUCAGUGGCAUUUCAACUGUAAUCUGUUGAUAAGUUGAUGAUACUUUAAGUCUUCAAAUUUAUAUUUUUAGCAUUAACAGGCAAUGCAGAAUGGUAUAUGCAAUAAAUAAAAAACUUUUUAGUCGUAGCGAUUGAUCAGCAAACACCCACGCGGAUUGAACUCUGAAUGUCAACUGACCUCACCUCGCUCCUCUUAUAGCAACGCUCUGUAUCCAUUUGCUCACAAAUACAAUUAUAAGCUCUCUCCCCACAAUAUCAACCAUGGUGAGCGCUGGCUUAGCAUAAGGAGAGCUCCUUGCUUGAAUGUGUGUGUGUGUUGAGUUCGAAUUUCGCUGCCGCCUAGCUGAGCGCGAUGUAACUCUCUCUCUCUCUCUCCUGUUCUAUGCAUUGAGCGACUAACUCAGCAAUUGAGAAUGAUUUGAUUGAUUUUUGAUAGGCUUCGGUUAAAAACGUUACAUUUUAAAAUGUUUGCUUUAUAUUUAUAUUUCAUCUUUUAAUUUA